AUGAAAUUAAUUAUUUUUACUUUAUUUGUGGCAUUACCAUGUUUGGUAUUGUCACAACAACAAAUUCAAUGUUCUGGCGAUUGGCAAUGUGGUAAUGUACCAUAUAGUGGUUGUCUCCAGGAUUUCAAUGUUUAUCCAGGUUUGGCAUUGAAUAGUGAUGGUUCCCAAUUGAUUAUGUUGGGUAAAUACAACAGCACUCAAGGUCCAUUCGGAGCUAGCAAGAUUGUCAGUCUCUCAACCGAUCUCACUGCCAAUGACACUGAGCCAGUGGUGAUGUUUGAUAUUGAAAAUGAGAUUCCAGCCGGUGGAGGUUUCUCCAUUGCAACCGACCUCUUUGCCUAUCUCAACUCAAAGAAUCUCACUUACCUUCGUGUUAACCAACGUUACUCACCGGCUUACGGUCCCUACGACAAGGACACCGGACGUUUCACCAAGAUCUGGGGAUACAAAGGUAGCUUGGCACUCGACCUCGAUGACAACAACACUGUGACCUACUACUGUGACUCUGCCAUUCGUCGUUACGCCAAGAUUCCAACCUCUCUCGAGGAAUUCAACCAAUCCGAUUCGGUAGUGAUGCUCGAUAAACAACGUUGUGACUUCCUCAGACACGCCGACGAUCGUAUCUACUUCCUCGAGAUGACCGGUAAUAACCUAUCAACCAUCUACUCCAUCCCAUUGAACUGCUCGAAUUGCACCGCCGAUUCCAGAACGACCGUAUUCAGUGUCAACUAUCUUGUUGACAACUUUGUCGUAACCAAAGAUUCCUUCUACCUCGGUGUCCACAUGCAUGACAAUCAGAAUAUUAGCGGUAUCUUUGAGAUUCCAAUCUCUGGUGCUCUCAAUGAAUCGAGAACCAUCUCCAACGUUACCAAUGUCCAAUCCUUGGUCGUAGAUGAAGCCAAACAAGUAUUGUACUACUCCACCAAGAGUAAUGAGGUAGUCGCAGCCAAUCUUACAUCCAACGCCACCGAACUAACCGUUCUCUACAACGCAACCGCUGCCGAUCCAAUCGGAAAGUGUGCCUGCGCCGAUGGAUUCACCGGAGACUCUUGUUUAACCUGUGAUGGCGUCACCAGAUGGAAUGAAGGUAUUCCACAAUGUGUUUCAUUAUUAGACAAUGGAUUACCAGUUACCUGUAUUCAAGAUUAUGAAUGUCUCUAUGUUCCAUAUAUCAUGUGUAACACUGGUAAUUGUACUUGUCGUGAAGGUUUCACCUAUCCAGAUUGUCACUGCGAAGGUUCAGUAUCAUGGGAUAAUGGUUUCCCAACAUGUCACGUAGGUUCAACUACUGGUACUCCAGCUACCACCGGUACACCAGCAACUACAGGUACACCAGCCACCACUGGUACACCUUCAACCACUGGUACUCCAUCUACUACCGGUACACCAUCUACUACAGAAAUAAGAAUUUUGUAA